CCCAAAAUGAGGAAAACCAUUGAAGGAUUGCUCCACAGAUACAAAACAUUUGGUAUAUACAGAGAAAAAGAAAAGGCAGUGUUCAGAUACACAGACAAGUAUAACAAAGACACUGACGGGACAGUAAAUAUUAUAACAGCAAUGCAGAAUGGGUCAGAAGAGUAUCCAAAUGAAUUAGUAGAGUGUGGGUUUGGGCACGGCUCAAAGUACAAAAAAGCAGGAACCGCUGAGGAGCACAUAUUCACCACAAGCAUAGACAGUGAAGUAGAGGAGAGUGAAGAGAGCGAGAACAAUGAAAUGGACAAUGAGAAUGAAGAAAUGGACAAUGACUACAUGGAGAAUUAUUAUGACAAUGAUGAGCAAGAAACAGAUGACAAUGAAGAAGACGUAAUAUAAGAGAAAUAAUCAUAAAUAAAGAAAUC